AUGGGGCUUGCGGGACCAGAGACAGCUGCGCAGCCAGGCGUGACCCUGCUGCCUACACUCAAUGGGAGUGACCCAAUAUAUGAUGAUGUGGAUGGCCACUGGCCAGAGAUCCCAGAGAGGUCGCCAUGUGUAGCUGGUAUCAUCCCUGUCAUCUAUUACAGCGUCCUACUAAGCCUGGGACUGCCUGUCAACCUCCUGACUACAGUGGGCCUGGCCCGUCUCGCCGCCAGGACCAGGAAGCCCUCCUACCACUAUCUCCUGGCGCUCACAGCAUCGGAUAUCGUCACGCAAGUGGUCAUCGUCUUCGUGGGCUUCCUCCUGCAGGGAGCGGUGCUGGCCCGCCAGGUGCCCCAGGCUGUGGUGCGCACAGCAAACAUCCUGGAGUUUGCUGCCAACCACGCCUCAGUCUGGAUUGCAGUCUUGCUCACGGUGGACCGUUACAAUGCGGUGUGCCGCCCCCUGCGCCAUUGGGCCACCGCGUCCCCAGGCAAGACCCACCGCGCCAUUGCCGCGGUCCUUGGCGUUGCCCUGCUGACAGGCAUCCCAUUCUACUGGUGGCUGGAUGUGUGGAGGGACGCAGACCCCCCCAGCACUAUGGACAAAGUCCUCAAGUGGGCUCACUGCCUCAUUGUCUACUUCAUCCCUUGCAAUGUUUUCCUGGUCACCAAUUCAGCCAUCAUCCUCCGGCUUCGGAAGAGGAGCCAGCGAGGGCUGCGGCCCUGGGUGAGCAAGAGCACGGCCAUCCUCCUGGGUGUCACCUCCCUCUUUGCUCUCCUUUGGGCACCACGCAUCUGUGUCAUGCUGUACCACCUGUAUGUGGCCCCCGUUCACCGGGACUGGAGGGUCCACCUGGUCUUGGACAUAGCCAACAUGGUGGCCAUGCUCAACACGGUUGUCAACUUUGGCCUCUAUUGCUUCAUCAGCAAGACUUUCAGAGCCACAGUCCGACAGGUCAUCCAUGAUGCCCACAUGUCAUGCACCGUGAAGUCACAGCCAAAGGACACGGAAGUGGAACUUGUGUUGAAGUCUGUAGGGGCAGAGUUGUAG